AUGAAGGAACAUUCUGCUACUGUUGCAACAUCAAAUAAAGUUGUCGCCGAUUCUGUUGAGGUUUGCAAGUUUACGACCGAAAAAGUAGAUAAACUAAUUGAAGAAUCUACUACUUUCAUGGAGAACUUCCAAACCACUUUCAAUUCCAACACCACAUCAGCAAAUGAAGCAUUGAAGAGUCUGGUCUUUCUCUUCAAGACUGAGAAGACGAAACUACAAGAGAUUCGUACUGGUCUUAAAUCUGACCAUGAAUCAUUUCAAGCCAAUAUCUCGUCAUGUGAAGCUGUAUAA